AUGAACCCCCCUCGAGUUGCUUCAACUUACCUCGGCGGACCUUCCGGACAGACAGCAGAACUGCGGCAGAUCAUGCCGCCCGUGCCCAUGCCACCAUCUGCUGGACUCGACUACCGAGUAGACAACCCCCUCCUUAGCCCACCCAGCCAGCCUAUCGGAUCCUCGUUGCUCUUCUGGGAUAGCUCCUUGAUGUUCGGGGUCCAUGAUGAUGGACCAGUAGCCACCGAUGACAACCCUCCGCACGCAUGGCCACGGAAUCGACCUUGCUAG